AUGACCACAGUCAAGGUAAGCACCUUAAUUAUAGAAGUUUUUAUUUAUUUUUGUCAUGGCAAUUAUUCUGCGUUUAACGACUAUCAUAUAACGCCUAACCCAAAUCAAAUUAAACAUAAAAUUGUUUUUUUAAACUUUUUAGAUAUUAUAAUUGAUUUACAGACCAAACCGUGCUUGGCCGCCGCAUCUCGCAAAUCUAAGUCCGCCCAAUUGAAGAGAAAUGUCACUUUUAACAACACGGUUGUGGUAUACGACAUCAGUCCAGUACGGAACACUCAACCUUAUGUAGACCCAUUUGAAACCUAUGCUCAACAAGAAUUUCUUCGACUAACAAAUCGACUGAAAAACAAAAAACAUGUCGUUUCUGACGACGAGAGUCCAGAUGAAUGUGACUUCAUUGAUGAAGAAGCCAGACGGAAUACCAUUACCAAUACUCCAAAGGCCAAAUCAAUAUUUUCAGAAGUUAUCACAGUGCCCAUGACGUCAGAAAAAAAGCCGUCGAAUGUGACGGAAAAGAAAUUAACCGAAAGCACAAAUCUACCGGAACAUUCCACUCCUCCAGAUGCCAAGAAUAACACGACAGAUGUCAAGGUCAAGAAGAAGGUGAGGAAGGUGGUGAGGAGGAAGAAGAAGGUUGUCAAGAAACAGGAAAGUGAAGAGGAACUCAGCUGUGAGGAGAUAUCGUAA